GGAGUGAGCUUUGAUGCCCAUAUAGCCUCCAGGCAUUCCCACCAACAGAGCGCAACCAUGACGACAGGCAUCACGCUCUGCCUCGGUGUAUUCCUCCUGCUCUGCUGCUUCAACGUCGCUCAGGGCGAGCUGGCUGUGGACUGCUGCCUGAGGGUCAGCCACACCAGAGUGCUGCCUCACUUCGUCAGGGGCUACCAACGGCAGGUCGGGGGCAACGGCUGUGACAUCAGCGCGGUCAUCUUCAUCACCCGGAGGAACCGCAACCUGUGCGCGCCUCCUGCCGCUGCCUGGGUGGAGGCCCUGACCGCCCAGCUGGACAAGGAGAGGAAAAGGUGCCAGGACAGGGCGCUCAAGAGGAAAAGGUGUAGGACAUUAAGGUUCUGAUCACGUCUCGCUGAGGAGUGCAGCUGCCAGAGUCUUUGGGGACCCCGCCAUUUCAAUGUUCAGACGCCUGUCAUCGCAACUGCUCUUUCUCUCACAGAACUGCCUUCUCUAAUGCACUUCUGCAAGAUGGUUUGCUGUAUUGUCCUCAUCUGUUCACUUGACAAAGGAGCAAGUUUUUAUUCUCCACAAUCCUACUUAUUACUAUUCCAGUUAUUCCAGAUAGCUCCUCCCACAGUUUUUAAGCUAACAUAGCACAAUUAAUUCACAACCAUAAACUUCCUUACCUCUAUUAUGUUGCUUGUAUGUUGUUAGACUAUACUCAAGACUUUAAACUAUAAAGCUUUAAAAAAACAGCUAAGUCAUGAAUUCUGUAACUAGCAAGCUACUAGCAAGCUC